AUGGCUCCGGAUCUUGAAGAUGCUACUACUCAGCUUUUGUCGAUGUUCAGAGACAUGCAGCAUGCCCCAACAUCAGUUGCAGCUCUCUCGGUACCUUCACCAAGUAGCUCCACCAACUCUACUAGUUGCUCCAGCAAUACUACCAGUUAUGUCAAGUUAAGGGUUAGAUUUAUCGUGGUGGACAACAGGGUAUUCAGGGUGGUCCUCAGGGAGGUAGAUCAGGUGGUAGGAAAGAUUUCUAGGGCAGAGGUGGAAGGACAUUUCUAUGCAGCUCCUACGAGGGAAGACGCUGAAGCAUCGGACGAUGUGAUCACAGGCUUAGCCAUUUUAGAACCAUCAAUGAUUGGUGAACCUGCAGAUCCAUUUGCAACCCCUUCGGAAAUCUUACCUGAAUGGUAUUUCUUUCCUGUAUUUCAAAUACUUCGUACAGUGCCCAAUAAAUUAUUGGGGGUUCUUUUAAUGGUUUCAGUACCUGCGGGAUUAUUAACAGUACCUUUUUUAGAGAAUGUUAAUAAAUUCCAAAAUCCAUUUCGCCGUCCAGUAGCGAUGACUGCUUUUUUGAUUGGUACUGCAGUCGCCCUUUGGUUGGGCAUUGGUUCAACAUUACCUAUUGAUAAAUCCCUAACUUUAGGUCUUUUUUAA